CGCGGUGCGCGGGCCCUGGAGGGCGGAGUCCAGGCGGGUGCCGGCCAAGGGAGGGGGCGCGGUGUCUCUCGAGUCAGGCGCUCCCUCAGGCCGCGGACGCGAUGCUGGCUGCUGCAGGUUUGGCUGCGGGGCUGGCGGGUAUGUGACGGGCGGUCCCUCGCCUCACCUGCGGUCCUUGGGCCCGUAGGUCACUGGGCGACCCGCAGCCGGGCCGCGGCCGGGGAGGCAGCGUGACCUCCGCACGAUUCUGUCAAAUUUUAAGAACAAAUGCACCUUAUAGCUCAUGGAAGAAAAAACACAAAUCAAGUCAUUUUUGGGUUCCAAGUUGCCAAAGUAUGGAACAAAAUCUGUGAGAAGUACACUACAGCCAAUGCCCAGUGGGACACCUGUUAAUUUAUUGGGAACUUCCAAGAGUGGCAAUGUCAAAAGUUACAUCAAAAAUAAUGGCUCUGAUUGCCCAUCAUCCCAUUCAUUUAAUUGGAGAACGACACCUAAAUACCAGCUUAGUGCACAAAGUGCUGAAGAGCGUAAUAGUACUCAAACUUCACAUGAUAAAGUGAUUGAUCCUGAAAAACAUGUACCUACUCAAGGAAUGUUUGAUAAAAAUGGGAUAAAGGGAGGCUUGAAAAGUAUUUCUUUACUUACAUCAAAGUUAGCAAAGCCAUCCACUAUGUUUGUGUCAUCUACAGAGGAGUUAAACCAAAAGUCUUUGUCUGGACCAUCUAGUUUGGGUAAAUUCACCAAAGGCACAUUAUUAGGAAGGACUUCAUAUUCUUCAGUCAAUGCUCCAAAAUCGCAGUUGAAUGGAUUGUAUGGAAACCGUUCAUCUGGUAGCAUACAAAGGCCUAGAGCAAACUCCUGUGCCACCAGAAGCACUUCUGGAGAAGGCUUAGCACAAUCCCUAGACAAUAUUAAAUCUCUUACUUGUGAAAAAAUGGUAAGGUCACAAAGUUUUUCACAUUCCAUUCAAAACUCAUUCCUUCCACCUUCAUCUAUAACCAGAUCACAUUCCUUCAAUAGAGCUGCAGAUCUUACAAAGCCUUAUCAGAACCAACAGCUACCCAUUAGAGUGCCUCUGAGGUCCAGUAUGCUAACAAGAAAUUCCCGGCAGUCUGAAGUACUCAAUGGGAAUGAUCAUUUAGGGUAUGGAUUUAAUAGGCCUUAUGCUGCUGGUGGAAAGAAGCUGGCUUUACCAAAUGGCCCAGGUGUAACAUCCACGUUGGGUUAUAGGAUGGUUCAUCCCUCUCUACUGAAAUCUAGCCGACCUCCAUUUUCUGGGACUAUCACAGUUGAUGGUAAUAAAAAUUCACCUGCUGAUACACGUGUAGAGGAAAGUGCUGCACUUAUGGCUAAGGACAGAGCUACUAGUAAAGACCAAGAACUAAUUGAAAAUGAUAGUUACAGAACAGAAAAUGACCAGACCAUGAAGCAUGAUACUAAAAUUAGAUACCUGAGUGAUGAUGUGGAUGAUAUUUCUUUGUCUUCUUUGUCGUCUUCUGAUAAAAAUGAUUUAAGUGAAGACUUUAGUGAUGAUUUUAUAGAUAUAGAAGACUCCAACAGAACUAGAAUCACUCCAGAGGAAAUUUCUCUCAAAGAAGAAAAGCAUGAAAACGUACCACCGAAGGAUAUAUUUGAUUCCCCAAAGGAAAAUGAAAAAAGUAAAACUGAUGAGUGGAUAGAUAUAAGUGUCUCUGACAGGAGUGAAUGUACAAAACAUACUUCUGGGAAUAACUUGAUUUCACCAGAUACGGAUUACAGAGCUGGUUCUUCAUUUGAGCUCUCUCCAUCUGAUAGCUCUGAUGGAACAUACAUGUGGGAUGAAGAGGGCUUGGAGCCCAUUGGAAAUGUACAUCCAGUUGGGAGCUAUGAGUCCUCGGAAAUGAACAGCAUAGAUAUUCUGAAUAAUCUUGAAUCAUGUGACCUUGAGGAUGAUGACCUUAUGCUUGAUGUGGAUCUGCCUGAGGAUGCACCUCUUGAAAAUGUGGAGUGUGACAAUAUGAACCGUUUUGACCGGUCAGACAGAAAUGUUCGGCAGUCUCAGGAAGGAUUUUGGAAAAGGCCACCCCAGAGGUGGAGUGGACAGGAGCAUUAUCAUCUCAGCCAUCCUGACCACUAUCAUCACCAUGGAAAAAGUGACUUGAGCAGAGGCUCUCCCUAUAGAGAAUCUCCUUUGGGUCAUUUUGAAAGCUAUGGAGGGACCCCCUUUUUCCAGGCUCAGAAGAUAUUUGUAGAUGUCCCCGAAAAUACAGUGAUACUGGAUGAGAUGACGCUCCGGCACAUGGUCCAAGAUUGCACUGCCGUAAAAACUCAGUUACUUAAACUGAAGCGUCUGCUGCAUCAGCAUGAUGGAAGUGGUUCAUUGCAUGAUAUUCAGCUAUCAUUGCCAUCCAGUCCAGAACCAGAAGAUGGUGAUCAAAUAUAUAAGAAUGAAGAUUUAUUAAAUGAAAUAAAGCAACUUAAAGAGGAAAUAAAGAAAAAAGAUGAAAAAAUUCAACUAUUAGAACAUCAGCUUGCAACUCGGUGUAACUGCCACCAAAAAUUUAAAGAGGAAAAAUGCACAUAUGCUGAAAAAUACACUCAAACACCCUGGAGAAGAAUUCCUGGUGGGUAUUCUGCUCCCUCCUUCUCUCCUUGGCAGGGCUCCUUCCAGGGGAUCCCACGGACUGUUCCGCCGCACCGCAGACAGACCUCAAGUACUACAGCCUUCCAGCAGCCUUCCCAGACCCACAGACCACGCCCAGGGAAAACUAAUAAAGCCGCAACAUAUCGAGGCCCACAGUGAAUGCACAAGCCAGGGCAUACAUCAGGUUGUUGCACAUCUGGAUGAAAGCUUUACACAUGGCUUACAACAAGAAAACAACUAUAGUCUGGAAGACCGGCCUUUUUCGUCAAGCCCACAGUUCACUGAGGAUGUGGCUAAGAUUACACCUUCUGAAGCAGACUUGAACAUGACCAUGAAUGCUCAAGAGCCUUAUCAUUCGACCAAUAAUCAAAUUAGUGACAUGCAAUUUGUUCCCACUUCUCUUCAGACACUUCCCCAGUCAAGUACAGUAGACCAGGCUACAAGAGUUGGAAGAAAUCAGUCUUCACUGGAGGACUACACAUCCCAGCCCAAGUCCUUACCGCUUUUUAAGCCGUCCAUCUCAAAUUCUUUGGUACCUCCUCCAGUUUCUGAAUCAUCUAAAAGUAGAACUCCCACUUGUAAAAAGUCACCAAUAAUCACACCAUGCAAUUCAUCAAAACUGCAGCCAACAUCUAGUCAAACAAAUCUUGCAAGUAAUUCAAAUCCAAAAGCAUCUAAGCUCCGCCCCCCUUCCGGCUCUUUUAGACAAAAACAAAUAAGCAACUCCCAACCAGAGCCUCAAAACUUCCAGGCCAAGACAAGCAUCCCAAGGCCACUAACAAGAAGAAAAGAAAUCAUGCAGAAUCUGAAUGGCAGUUUGAAUUCUGGGGAUUGUUUGGCCUCUAACCGAUAUUCCCGUCUUCCUAAACCAAAGAUACAUUAAGUGCAUAGCCAUCACCUGCCAAUUUGUUUUUAAAAACAAUCUGUUCUGUAAUAGCUUUACAUGUAAUUUGCUACUAUGAUGGAGGUUCCAUUGAAAGCUUGCAAAUCUUAAAAAAUUAAAACGUGGAAGUUUCUAAUAGUUUGGCUCUUCCAUUUUAUGUCCUGGUUGAAGUACACAGCAUUUGAGCAUAUUUGUCUCAGGUAAACACAAAAGUUUGCUUACCCAUUUCAGAGGCCUACAGAAGGCUCUAAUCAUGUUAUCUAUCCCUCUGCACAUCAGAAAGUUCAUAAUAUUCCACUUAGCAGGCAAGAAAUGUGCUUUGUUCAUUUAGUCCUUCUAAGGUCUGUAUUAAUUGUGGUUCUCGGAGCCUCACCCUUUUUCAUUUGUCCCUCUUGUGAAUAUGGUUACUGUUUUAACUAAUGAUACAGUGAUAACUGAAGAUGGUAGUCUGUAAGUAAAAUUCUGGCCAGUGAUUUGUAUAUUCAAAAGGUCUAUGCAAAAGCUUUGUGAUGAAUAAAAGAGAUCAGGCUUUUAAUGGAAGGUCUAUGUAAGUUUUAUUUUUCCUUGCUAGGAUCAGCCAGCUAGUCUCAUUAUUUAUUUAUUUACCAAAUUCCCCUGGUUAAAAACGUUUCAUAUGCUGUAAAAAUCAAUUAUAUUUUGCAUUAGCAUCUUGUUUUACAUAUACACACAUAUACACAUACACACCAUUUGUGUUUGUUUUUGCUACUCGUAAAUUUUGGAAAGCUUGGGUUACAUCUUGAAGCCUAUACCUAAAGACAUUCAUUUUGUAACAUGUGUUGGUGCUAGAGAGUUUUGCUGGUAAUUCAGUUUUGAAUCCUAUAGGGUUAUGGAUCCAUGAUAGCUGAUUUAAGGUUCCACAGUCUAUAUUUUAAAUUAAGUCUUUAUUAUAAUAAUUAUAUUUAUUGACUUUCUGCUAUUAUCUGAAGACUGGAAUAAUGGACUUGAAAUGUUUGCACAAACCUUUGAUGAGAUAUAAAUACACCACAGAUAGGGAUUGAAACUAUUUUCUAUAACAAAACAGUUAAAAUAUUUUGAGAGUAAUUAUAAACUUAAGUAAGACUAUCUUGAGAAAGCUGGAAUUCUUAAUAGUUUUGUUGUUGUAGUUGUUGUUGUUGUUGUUGUUGUUGUUUUUUCCUGAGCUUUCCAGGUUUCCCUUUUAUGUUGGCAUGUUUGAGUGGCAGUUUCUUGAAAAGUAGAUUUGGGAUGAAAAAUGGAAUUGGAGAGGGGACACUGUGUUUUACUAAAAGAUGUUAAAAGCUUUUUUAAUGUUCUAGGAAGGUAGCUGUGGAACUGCCAAGGGACCAUAUGCACUAACCUAAUCAUGCUGCGGGCUACUCGUCAGAUGGCUCAGUAAAUUUGCCCUCUGUUCUCCCAAAUCAUGUCAUCUUUAGGCUGUUCACCUAUUGCUGCUUUAAUUAGAAUUAAUGUCUUUCAGACAGAUAGACUUUUACAAAGUCAAUUUUUGUUGUGAUCAGCUGACCAAAAAUGUAUCUCAAGGCAUUAUGAUCAAAAAGUCACUCAAAGUUCUGGGGACUUUGUUAAAAAAACAUACACUGGUGAAAUUGCCCUUUUUAAGAAAAACAACAGCAAGUGCUUUAGUGGAAAUUUCAAACGAGCUGUUAACUGUCAUUUACCUAUCAGAGGACCAUUCAAGUGAAUUUGCCGUUCACUGGAUACAAAAACCAUUCUUGAACUUGGUAACAGGUGAGCAGCCUUUGACAGCACUUCUGUCAGAGAAGCACUAAGGUUCAGGAAGGUUUUCACAUAGUCCAGAUAUUGUUAGUGUAAAGUACUUAGAGGUAUCAGCAAAGCUCUUUGUUCACAGAGACGAGAAGCAAUGGCUGACAGCUGUAAGUAGGUACAUGUGGUGUUUUAUCUUGAAGGAGAAAGAAAACUGAUCUCGUAUAUUGCAAAUAGGAUGUUAUUACACUAUAUUUUUCUAAAGUAAAACACUGAGGAAUUGGUUUUGGUUUAUUUAGAAGUUGGUGUAGACUCUUGUGAAACAUUUACAAGUAGGCCUUUAUCUUUAAGGGGAAAGUUUAAAACUUUCACUUUAUUUUUAACCCCCUAGUCUGAGGGAAAUAUCUUUGUUACAUAAAAGUGUUGACUCCUGCAAUUUGUUAAUUCCAGUCUUUUUCCUGCUCUAUUUUUUCUCUCUGAUGAAUAUACAUAAAAAUUAAUCCAUCCGUUUAUCAGUUUCUCUGAACUUUUGUUGAGCCUCAGUCUUGGCUCAUCAAUAUCAUUAUGAAGCAUAAUAGAUUUAAGAGGAAAAAAAUCUAGGAUGCUUGUACAAAACAAGUUUUGCCUGCAGUUUUCUUUUAAAAACUGCAUGAAUAUUUCUUUAAAAACUGCUCCUUAUUGGUAAAUGCUAAGUCAGAAAUGAGGUGAGGAUGUAACUCACCUGAAUAAUCAGGGAUCAUUCUCAGAUUUGGCUUGAUCUCUGUUUAGUGCUUCUCUAAGUCAGCUCUGUGCCAAAUCCUCCUCCGUGGGAACUCAGAUUACUUUUUCUCUGAGUUCUUAUGAUUUUGGUGAAGAUGGCUGCAGUAUAUGAGUUGUAAAUCCUAAAGAAAAAGUUUUAUGGGGGUUGGUUAAGUUUCACAUUUGUGAAAGAGAAAAUAGAGCAUGUAGAAUUAGACAUUUGGCUGUUGAUGGGAUGCAUAUCAAAUUCUUUAGAGAAAGCUUAGCCUAAGGAGUUAAUCAGUACAGGUGCAGAUGAUUUAAGGCAUUAAACAAAGGAUUAUAUAGUUAUAUCAUUUAGAAUGUUUCUAAUAACUGAGAUCCUCUAGCAUUUUUCUUUUGGAGUCUCAUUUUAAUUUGUGCAAUAUUUUCAGGCAUAUAGACUACUGUUCAUUGUAUUUAUAUAGAUGUUAGGGAACUUACUAAGUAUUUUAACAAGUAAAAAUCUGAAUAAUGAGAGAAGGUAUCAGAUUUGCACUUUAAAUGAGCUUAAUUGCUUGGAGUUGUGCCUGAAAUAUCGAAAUGCCUCCUAUUGGGCGUGGCUUUCUUUGUUGAAAUGAAUUUCUCUAUAAUUGUUGCUGUUUGAAGUACAGCCUUUCACAGAAUUAUAUCCUCAGCAUGUCACUUUACUCAUUAAAGCACUAAGUUUUUUGAAUGUUUCAUGGUACCCUUAAGUAUUUUACUCAGUACAUCAAAGAGAACACCCAACCCAUAGCUGUCACUUCUGUGUCUUCCUGUAACACGGAUGGUUGUUACAGACACAGAAGUGCACUUUUCAGUUCUGAGCAGAGUUGUCAUGAUGGUUUCCUGGUCUCUGGGGCACUGAAGAUGUAAUUUGGAGUCACCAACUAGGUCUACAAUGAAAUUCAGUAAGACUGCAGCAUAGUUCAGUUUACUUUUCAUCUUACACAAUAGUUUUCGUGUUUAUAAAUUAGUUCGGGUGGUUAUGUUUGCAUGCUAAUGCACACAUUUGAAAAUUAAUUAUAGCUGUAAUACAAAUACCUGAUGUUUUUUCUUGAGGAUGACGGCAUUGCUAUUUUUCUUAAUUCUGAUGCUUGAAUUAUUAUAUUUUCUAAUUUUCUUUCCACACCUCCCUUCAAUUUUUCUGCUGCAGCAGUUUGAAAGGAUACGUUUGGAUGAAUGAUUCUAAUGGUGGGCGCCAAUCUACAACUAUGCUAUUAAUUAAAGAUACGUCAUAUAUUUUAACUGUCUUGGGGAAAAGCUAUCCACUUUCUCCUUGUUACAGCAUCACCAUAACAAGAUAAUACUGACCCUAAGAAUUUAAAGUCUCUAAGUCAUUGCUAACUAAAAACAAAAACAUCACAGUCUUGAAUAUCUGCAGUAUUGUUUUUCCCGUUGAUUUUAAAAACAAAAUUCAGAGUAAAUACUGUAUAUUAGAAUUUGCUUGUAAAAUGAAUUAUAAAAACUGGAUGUAAAGUCUCUUUCCUGAAAAUGUUGGCAUAGUAAAUAAAAAUAAAGUUCAUAAUUAUAAAAUC